ACAAGAGCGCAGUUUGGUUCCGGAAGUAAACAUGCACACACCGUGCUGUCACGUCCGAAGAUUCAGGUCGUCGAUUACUUCUACCCGUGAAAUAAUAUUGUUUAAUGCAUUUCCACCAUAUACCAUCGUGUCACCAUACUCUGGUUCGUGAUAAGACGUGUUGAUGCCACGGACCCGCUGAUCACUAUGUCACAAUUCCGUGUGGGACUGCGCCUCGUCGUCCUCAUGUGCAGUCUGGCUGCACUUGUACGGACAGAAGAGGAAUGGCUUGACCCCUACGAUAUGUUGAACUACGAUGCAGGCACGAAAACUAUGAAAAAACAAUCAGAGCCAACAACGUAUCCCAACGUUCCCACUAAAAGAAGGGAACAUGCCGCAGAAGAUAUGGAUUGUAGCAGUCAAGUUUCAGCGUUAAAAACAGAGGUUGAAGAUCUGCGGAAGAGCAUUGCAUCCAUCUCACAGCAGCCCACAUGCAGCCCUGUUUUUAGGAGAUUCCUGACCAGGUUUCUGAUGCUGAUCAACAAAGUUGGCUUGCCCACAGACAACACGGAUAGCUUCUAUAACGCUAAAGUGAAAGUCACCAGACAGGGUGUCGCAGAGAUCCAGAAGUUUCUGGAGUCGGGUGAGAGCUGGCGGCAAGGGGCAAUGGACGACGUGCUCAGCCAACUGUUGAUAGACGUGAAACCUUUGGACUUCGAGGCCUGGAAGUGGCGUUUUGAGGACGUCUUCGGAGUGGAAAUUGAUACUGUCUUGAAAGUGUUUCUCUGCGUCCUCGUCAUAGCGGCGGUCAUCUGCACUCAGCUGUGGGCCGUGGUCUCCUGGUUCGUCCAGUUCAAACGGAUGUUCGCAGUCUGUUUCCUCGUCAGCAUUGUGUGGAACUGGUUCUAUCUGUACAAGAUUGAAUUUGCCCAGCACCAGAGCCGACUCGCGAAGAUGGACACGGCGUAUGAGAAAUGCACUGGAAUGAAGAAAAUCGACUGGACUGAUAAUUUAAAAGAAUGGUACAGGACUACCUGGACUCUGCAGGAUGACCCCUGCAAUGAGUAUUAUAAAGACCUCAUGGUCAGUCCAUUCCUACUGGUGCCUCCAUCGAAGGCCUUCUCGGUCACCAUCACCACCUUCUUCACAGAGCCCCUGAAGCACAUCGGCCAGGGCAUCAGUGAGUUCCUCCGUGCCCUCCUGAAGGACCUGCCCAUCACCCUGCAGUUACCCGUCCUCAUCACCAUCGUGCUCUCUAUCCUGGUGGUCAUGUAUGGAGGGGUGCAGGCAAUGUUCCAGCACGGUAUAAUGGGACCCCUGCGUCUUCGGGACCCUCCCCUCCCUCCGGCUGGGGCUCAGCCACAACUUGCCCAGUGUCAACCCGCUCAGCCACCACCGGCCCAGGUUCAACCCGCGCAGCCACCCCCGGCCUAUCUUAUGAGCCCGGAGCCUCAAGGAGCUGGCGACGCCCCACUGCAGCGACGGCGGGUGCGAGGUGCAAAUGGCGCCGUGCGUCGUCGGAGAGUCCAGAGACCCAGAGGAGCGGAGGCGGCCGCAGUAGCAGCCCCCCCCAGGGUGCCCGUGGAGACCCUAGGAGACGAGGGUUACAGCCAAGACGAGACGGACCCCGUAGAGCCGUCGGUGCAGUUGUCCGCCGGGGAGCCUCACGCCCUUGGGGACGGGGAUUCAGAAGAGUAUGAGGGGGAGGGGGAGGAGGUGGACGAGGCGGACGAGGAGGAGACGCUACGAGGAGCUACGCCGAGGACUGUAGCUCACGAUGCCACCAAACAAGCUGAGGCUGAGGCUAAACCCUCGGACGCCAAGCCGACCGUGCCCCGAGCCAAACGUCAGGACAAUGUGACGCAGGGAGGCAGAGGAGUUACAACGGAUGACCGCAAUCCAGCCGGACUACCAGGAGCUACAAGAGAACAGGUGAUUUCCAAUGGCCCUGUUGGUCGCGUCGUGUCACUAGGGGCUGGAUCGGCUUCCAGCUCAAAUGCGGGGAGACGCCUGUCGGGUGAAUGUGCCCGAGAGCAGGCUGCGUCAUCGUAAGCCCUGCAUGUGUUUAUGAACCAAGCUUCUGUAUCAAUUUGAAGAAUUUUAGACUUGAAGAAAUACAAUAACUGCGUAUAUGAGACUUUUCGCCAUGGACAAAGUAUUGCUAGAGUUCUCAAUGGCGUGAUUCAUUAUUAUUUGUUGGUUUCCGUAACUAUGGAAGCCUUAUUACAAAGGUCAAUGAAGGUUUUGAUAAAAGCGCAGAGCAGUGAUUACAGUUGAAUGAUAAUCACAUGUCCAACUAAACGGUUAGCUAGCUGGUUGAAAUAGGACAGAUUUAUUCCAGAUUAGAUUUGGUAUAAAGACUGGACAUGGGUUGAAGUCCAAAUAUUCCUGGACUCCAAAAAAAUAUUAUUUUGUUGUCAACCCGCUUCAGCAUUGUACAUAUGGCUGCUCGAUUCGUUGAAAAAAAUCAUAAUCACUAUUAUUUUGGUCUAUAUUGAAAUCACGCUUAUUCAAACCAUUAUUUUUGAGUUUGAAAACAUGAUGCAUUUAUUCAGCAUUUACUUAAAUUUCCCCUUAAGAAAAUAAACACAACAUGUUCAAAUAAAAAAUAAUGUACAAAUAUGUAUCCAGCUGUUGUACAAUUUCUAUAAAACAUUUAAUAAUAAAUGAAAAAAAUUGUUUCAACUCAGUUAUUUUAGUUUGUUGAUCGGUUAACCCAAAAAGUACAAAAAAUUAUUUAUUAUUCCACGUCAUCAUCCAUUUAUGGGGAAAUCUUCGGUCUGCAUAUGUACUAUGUGUUUUUGUAUCACAUGUUAAUAAAUGUAUAUUUCCAUUCUACUCAUUA